AUGAGCAUCACAGAUGUCCUUAGUGCUGAUGACAUUGCAGCAGCCCUGCAGGAGUGCCAAGACCCGGAUACUUUUGAACCCCAAAAAUUCUUCCAGACAUCGGGCCUCGCCAAGAUGUCAGCCAGUCAGGUGAAGGAUGUUUUUCGUUUCAUAGACAACGACCAGAGUGGGUACCUGGAUGAAGAAGAGCUGAAGUUUUUCCUCCAGAAGUUUGAGAGUGGUGCUAGAGAACUGACCGAGUCAGAAACCAAGUCCUUGAUGGCGGCUGCAGAUAAUGAUGGAGACGGGAAAAUUGGGGCUGAUGAAUUCCAGGAAAUGGUACAUUCUUAA